UCCAAGUAAGACUACAAUUUCUUUACCCUUUUGCCUUUUCUUACAUGUUGUACAAAUUUUUCAAUUAUGGUUGUUUGGUUCCAGUUCUUAGCAGGUUAGCUCUCGCGCCGAGAAGUGGCGUGAUUCAGAAUAUUUCAAAAGGUUUUCAGUACUUUUUGGAUAAUGGAGAGCUUCGUUUAAUGGUUUUGUUCAGCCUCAGCAUACAAUGCAUUCUCAUACUGUUUGGAGCUAAAAGACAGUCCUGGACAAACAUCUACCUUAGAAUCAUACUAUGGUCUGCCUACUUGUUUGCAGAUUGGUUAGCAACAACCUCACUUGGUGUUCUUUCAAAUAAAAGUCAUUGUGUUGAACCAGAGCAUGCCAUUGUUGCUUUGUGGGGUCCAAUUCUUCUCCUUCACCUUGGUGGCCAAGAUACUAUUACUGCUUACUCAAUGGAAGACAAUGCACUUUGGAGUAGGCGUUUGGUUACUUAUAUUGGCCAAGUUGUGGCUGCAAUUUUAAUCUUUCUGAGAUCACGGACAUAUACCGAUCUUAACUCUUUGGCAAUACUGAUAUUCAUUGCUGGUUUUAUCAAAAUUGGUGAGAGAAUUUGGGUUUUGUGGCGUGCAAGUAGCCAACAAUUCAAAGAGUCUUUGUUUCCUGAUCCUGAUCCAGGUCCUAAUUAUGCAAGAUACAUGGAAACAUACAAUUCAGCUUCUUAUGAAGGGUAUAGAGUUAAUGUAGAAUUCCUAAUUCAAUCUCCAUCAACUAGUGAUGAUGCUGCUGCUGCUGUUGAUCAUUACACAUAUGGUCCUGCAGUAACUGUAAGAACUGCAAACAGAUUGUUGAAGAUUUCUAAGCUUCUGUUUGCAGAUCUCAUCUUGAGUUUUCAAGAUGUUUCAGAAAGCAGAUCUUCUUUACUUAGUGGAAAUGGAAAGCGAGGGUUUGAAGUGAUGGAAAUUGAGCUUGGUUUUAUGUAUGAUGUGUUCUACACAAAGGCUCCUAUUGUUUAUUCUUUCAUUGGUUGUUUUCUACGUUUUGCCACUCUAUCUUGUAGUAUUAUUGUAUGUGUUUUCUUUUUCAUUAAGGAGAAUCAAUAUCCUAGAAUUGAUGUGGUGAUCACAGGUGUGUUGCUUCUUGGAGCUAUAGUCUUUGACAUGUAUUCAGUAAUUUCAAUGUUGUUUUCUGACUGGACAAUGAUGUGGUUGACUAUGCACAAAAAUAAGGUGACUUGUAAGAUCAUUUCAUUAAUUCAAUAUGUGAAAUGUAAGAAAAGGUGGUCAUGCAGCAUUGGUCAAUUCAACCUCAUAAGCUUUUGCUUAUUGAGAGCUAAAAAAGAAAGAUACAGCGAACCUGGCAUGUGUGGUUUCAAUUGUGGGAAAACAUUCAAAACCAAUGCAGCAAAGACUGGUCUUGCUACAAUGAUCACAGGUGCUUGGCUGUCCUAUGAGAAGUACAAGCACACAAAUACAAACACCGUGUCCGUGACGGAUGAUCUGAAGGAAAUAAUCUUUGAACACUUUGUGAAUAAAACAAAUGUGGAAAUAAAUAACACAAGAUUUUAUUACAAUUGGGGCAACAAAGUUUUGGAAGGAUUACAAUUGGGAAAAAAGAUAGAGACAAUAAGCUGGAGUGUGGAGGUAGAGUUUGAUCAAAGCAUUCUUUUAUGGCAUAUUGCAACAAAUCUAUGUUAUAAUUCUGUAGCAGAUGAAGAAGUUUUGGAAAAUGGGAGGAGUUAUAGAGAAACAAGCAAAUGGUUAUCAGAGUAUAUGUUAUAUCUUCUUGUUAUGAGACCAUCAAUGUUGCCUAAUGGGAUUGGUGAGAUAAGAUUCCAAGACACUUGUGCUGAGGCAACUGAAUUUGUAAGGGAUAGACGUUCUAUACAAAAUGAGAAUCAAGUAUCUCAAAUUCUACACAGAGUAUGCAAACAUGUUAAAAAAGUUCUUCCUUCGACGGUGAAAGGUGAUAGAAGCAAAUCUGUCCUAUUUGAUGCAUGUAGGUUGGCUAAAAAUGUAAGGGAGAUGAGAAAUGAUGAUGAAGAAUGGGAGACAAAAAAGAUGUGGAAGUUUAUAACUCAAGUUUGGGUUGAAAUGCUAGCUUAUGCUGCUAGCAAUUGUAAGGCACUUUAUCAUGCUCAGCACCUAAGGCAUGGUGGAGAACUAUUAACACAUGUAUGGCUUCUUAUGGCACAUCUUGGUAUCACAGAUAAACUUCAAAUCUCAAAGGGGUUUGGUAGAGCAAAGUUGAUAAGGAAGUGAAUGUAGUUCUAGAUCAUGUGUUCUUCUUUCUUGCAUUUCAAUAAGUUUAUCUACUGUUGUUUAAUUACUCUUUAAUUAGCCUUGUUUAGCUAUAUAUUUUGUCUUUUGUUGAUUCAUUGUACCGAUUCAAAUGAUGUGUAAGAAUCACCAGGGUAUAUUUCAGGAGGUGAUGAUUCGUUGUUGCUUCAAGCAGUCCUUGUAGUGUGUUUGUGGAGGAUGUCUUCUCGAUAUCGAUC